CACCAAUAUUGCACUUUCCUACAGUUUUAGGCAAUUUCUAAAAAAAUUGCUAAUGGGCUACACUCCCUCACCGGCCACCGCGGGCAACAACAUAUGAGGGCUUUUCUCCAAAAAAAACAUAUGAGGGCGAAAAAAUCGAAAUCCUGAGAGAAACAUAGGAAGACUCCGGAUUUGUUCUUAAUCCGACUUAGCUAGGUUCCAUCUGCAGCGCGCAAGCCACCGAGCCAGAGACGGAGAUCCCCCCCAUCUUCGGUAAGGAUUUGUGCUGUCGUUAAUUCAAUCGGUCAAUCUUAAUUAUUAGACGAUAGUAUAUAGUUAUACUCCUGUUUGGUUCGCGCGCCAGCAAUGGGGGAAAACUUUUGUGAUAUGGGGUGGUGCGUGGACAUAGACACAGAAGAUGAUCCUGAUCUUCAAAGGUCUGUGGUGAGGAUAUAUCUGGAAGAAGGGGAUGCUUCGUAUGCUAAAACAUGGUGGCUGGAAUGCGGCAGGAACAAGGAAGUUCUGUAUAGGAUUGAGGAGUUUGUUGACGUCAGCCGUGAAUGCGCGGAGACUAUUGACCUGGAGAAGAUCCUCCAAGAAGAAGACCAAGAAGAACUUAUGACUUUAUUUACGGAUAAACUACUCUCCCCCUUCCAGCAUCUUGUCUUCCGAGAAUGGCUCAAGUACUACGCAGGUGUUUUGGUAAGGAGAUGUCGUGAUCGGCUUAUUCCUCUCGUCAAUCGCAACUCUACCUCAAAGCUAUACUCGAUUAGCCUGGGUGUAUCUUUUCAGCUGUCUGCAACUUUGGGAGUAAAGGCCUGGAACUGGUUUCUAGAUUGCCUUGACCAACUGCAGCCUGAUAUGAGUGAAUGGCGUGAUUACGAUCGGUCAUCUCCAAUGCCUCUGCCGAGGAUUGUGCCCGAUGGCUACCGUCUCUUCCAACUUGGCGGUGGUGCAAAAUUAGACAAAGAAAAAACAUGUGCGAUUUGUUUGGGCAAGUACGAACCGCACUGCCUCGUGAUUCGCCUCCAAUGUCUGAAUGAGCUUCUCCCUGAUCCUGACAAGGCCAACACCGCGGCAGCAAAUCCAGCAAUGCUGCUGCCAUGUCAGCACAUAUUCCAUGCCAAUUGCAUUUCGAACUGGUUGCGGGUUUCAAAUCACAAACCCUACCUUCUAUGCUCUCAUAAUACUUGCCCUCUAUGCAGGUUUGAGAUCCGCAGCCACUAUUUCGUGUUUUCUCUUGUACAUUUAUUUCCUCUCUGAUCAUCAUGAAGCAAUUCUGGGGUACUUAAGAAUGGAUGUUGAAUGAACCAGGUCGGGCCACCAAGCCCAUUUGUUUGUUUGUAUGUAUGUAUUCCAAGCCCGGCCAUUUUUAGUGUGCUGAGUUGGAAUUUUGUUGCAAUUUUUUUUUCGGAAUUAUAUUUAAUUUAUUUACACGUUGGUUAUUUUGAUCUGAG